GUAAUGGCGGAGGGCACAGGGGUGCAGUGCGUAAGAGAAAGAUCACCAGAAAAGUUGCCCUGUGAAGAAUGCCUUCUGCCUCCGUGAAAUUGGAAAAACAAGGGUCUCAAGAGACCCUUGACCCCUUCCAGAAAGUAAUGAGCCUCGUAGAGAAAAAGAUUCGAAAUCUAGAGAAGCGGAAGGGUCCCAGACUAUUCAACAUCUUACCAGAAAAUAUCAGAAACAUGGCUGCAACAAGUGUAGAAGCCUUCAAGAGGAAACUGGACAAGUAUCUACAUAAGGUGCCAGAUCAACCAGGCUGUGAUGGAUAUGUGGGGCAGCAGGCCUCCAGCAGCAACAGUCUGGUUGAUCAGAGCCAUGAGCACCCUAGUGGAGCUACUGGAAAUAAAAUGGUUAUAGUGACAGAAAAUAUGUAUAGUGCAGUUGAUCCAUCAAGUUAUCAUAUCUUUCUUAACUGUACUACAAAUAUUGAUUUUUUUUUUUUCCAGGAUGUUCUGCAGCAAAUGGGUCAAGAAGAAAUACGUGCAGAUUUCUUGGCAGGGACCAAUGGUGCAGUACAAAUGCCAGCUGAAAAUCUUGAUAGUCUUGAUAUAUUGUACAAACUGGUCACUCCUACAAAAGCUGAGGGUCAGACAACGCAGGAAUUCCAGGUUGAAUUGAGGGCUGCAGCAGAGCACCUGAUCUGGCUGAUGGAAGGAAGGAGCAAAGACAUUGCUAAUACAACAUACAAAGCACUGCUAAAUGUUGUGGAUGAAAUUGCUAGUUGUUCCUAUCCAGAGAUAAAACUUGAUGAAAUUGAAGAGGAAGCUACAGCUGUCGAAAGUGAGGAGGCUUCUGAAUAUACAAAUGGUUUGAUAGCUGAGGAAACUGAAGGCAUUACCCCAGUUUUAGAGGUAGCUGUGGAGAGUCCUGUCACAGAAGGUCCACCUCCAGGCCUUGCUCCACCAACAGUAGCUCCUAUGCUCUCCCCACCCUUACCUCAAGAAACUUCAGUUGUUUCUCCAUCACAAGAGGCACUAGUAGCUGCUAUGGCACAGAUGACCACAGCAACUGUACCUGGAGCACCUCCACAGGGAGCAGGGAUGCCUCCUGCACCCACAUAUUUUACCCAGCCUCCCCCACAGCCAACACCCCAGCCUCCUCCACCUCCACAACAGGUUUCACAACCUCCAACUCCACAGCAAGCACCUCUACAGCCUCCCCAACCACCACAACUGCAACCUAUUUCCUUGAAUGACUUGGUAACACCUGGAACUUUUGACUUCCUACAGGAAAGCCAAGUUGCUCAGGAGCCUCCUACAGUUUAUAUGGAUCCAGCUGUUGUAUCUAUAGGCAGUAUUAAAACAGAAUCUGCAUCACAAAGAUCUGUCUCACCUGUUCCACAGCAUCAAGUUGCUCCUAUGGUUACACCCAAUCUGGACCCAUCACAUCCAUCCAACAUUCCUACUCAGACCUAUACAAAUCAGACAUAUAGUGUGGUUUCAUAUUCUCAAGGAGUACCAGUUUAUCCAAAUAAUACAGUAGUUGAUAGCACACCAAAUCCUCCUCCUCCAAUUCCUUUGCCUCCACAGGCUAGACCACAGGAAAAGGUGGAGUUUAAUCCAGAAGCUAGACCCUGGAUUGGGCAACAGGUGCCUGCACAGCCAACUGCACAAGCUAUUUCUACAGUAUCACAGCAACCACAAGAGGAUAACUGGGGGGCAGUCCAAGAUGACCCUGUAAAUGGUGGGGAAGACAAAUGGGGUAGUGCAGAGUCUGGCAAUUGGGGUGAAUACGAAGAAAACCAAGCUGUUCCAGCUGCUGCUCCCACAAAUGGUCAUGGAGGAGAUUAUGAAAGGAGGGGUAAUUUCAGAGGUCGAAGUAGAGGAUUUGGAGGUAGAGGAGGAUUCCGAGGGGGUCGUGGUGGUUACCAGAAUGGCCGUGGUGGUUAUGGAGGAUAUGGAGGCUUUCGUGGUGGAAUGGGAGGACCAAGAGGUGGACGCAGAUUCAGAGGGCAAGGCCCACGGGGAAACUUUAGAGGACGAGCAGGUGGAUAUCAGGGCCAGCGACAACCCUAUCCUCAACAUCAGCAGCAGUAAAAGUAGUGCAAGUAUAAGCUGUGUGUGUGAUGACAAAAGUUGCUACAUGUGUAUUGUGACACCUAGAAGUGUUUCACUUUCUUGCACAACGUACUGACCUGGUACUACCUGUGAUUAGGGUAGUACUUGAACUCAAGAUUGUAAGCAGUGAACGGAGAGACAAUAUAGGGCAUUCUUUACGGGACAAUGUAAGUGUGAUGAAUGAUAAAAGUGAAAAAUUUGCCAAAAAAGAGAAGGAAAAUACUAAAACUUGAGUUCUUCUGAACUCAGCCAAAAAAAAAAAAAAAUCUUAAUUUCACUCUAAACUAUUCCAUGACUUGUCAAGUUAUACAAAAGUUUUUCUAUAUAAUUUUUAUGGAAGCACUAUUCCUGGAGUGUGGGGGAGGGGUGGAGGGUGCAUUUAUGCUCCCCUCUCUUCCAGGUGGACUUGGACCACUUGUCACUCUUACACUAUCAAGCUGUCAAUGCUUCCAAUACAUUAUCAUUUACUGCACGCCGAGAGUUUCUAUUACCUUUAAACCCAUACGAUACUAAAGGGUGUAUGGAGCCAAGCUGAUGCAAAGGUUGUGGAAAUUCAAAUUUUAAAUAUGGUUCAGACUGCUUCAUGAAUAUUUUACAUCGAAUCAAGUGGAACAAAUAGUAAGAUCUGAAAUGAGGUAAUGGAAUAGAUUAUGAGAAGACCAAAUGUACUUUAUAACAGUAAGAAAUUUAGAUAUUAAGUGAGGUUGUUAGGGUGCUUUUAUUCAUUCUAACAAUCUGAGGCUAGAAGUCUUUUUCUAUUGUAUAUGCAGUGUUUUACCAUUGAUACUCUGCAUGUAAGCAGGGUUUGUAUUAUAUUUACCCACCCUUGCCUUAUUUCCUAAUGGUCAGUAAGUAUAUAUUUGUACAUUGCAAAUUUCAGGACUUGUGUUAGCAAGAAAUUGUUCUAAAUGGGACUCGAGAAAAUAUUGACUCCGAAUAACAUUCUGUGAUUUU